CCCGUCCGGAGCCCUCGGGGUGUCGGAGCCGGCACCAAGCUCACCCCCCAGCGCAGCACCAGCGCCCCGGGGGAAGGAUGAGCGGGGGAAUGAGGGGGAACGGGAGGCCCCAGCGUCGCAGGCGGGAGCUUGUCAGGCUCCUUUCCCCGGGGUACAAAGGGCGCCGGUUUGAUUUGUGGGGAAGGCAGCUCUGUGACAAAUGGGGAACUCAGGGGGGAAACUAUUCAGGGCUCUUCCCCCCGGCGGCAGCCGAGGUUGAGACGGUUUGAAUAGGCGAGAGGGGGCUCGUUGCCGUCGCGGUACGCGCUGGAGGCGAGCGGCUUUGCAGGGAGCAGCCGGAGAGGGAAGAAGCAGGUGGCAGAUCCCGGCGUUCCCGAAGCCGGGAUCGGUGCGGGGCGGCCGCGCUCGCCGUGACUAAACAGAAACCUUGCGUCUGUAAAUACCCUCCCGCCGGCGAUGCUUCUCCUCCCUCUUCCCCCCCUGCUUCCAGGGAAGGCUGUUCCGAUAACACAAGCGCUUGCUCCUCGGGUCUGCCCCUGUUUGAUCAUCUCUUGUUGCUGUCACGCUGAAUUCCCGUUUGAAGGCAGCCCGGGUGCGCUCCCCGUCAGCUGCAGCGGGUGCUCCGCGAGGAUAAGUGCUGUUGGUGCACGGUUUCUUUUUUAGGACUGGUGAAGGAGCUAAUCCCAUCAGGAUCUCUGCAGCUGGUGUCCCGCUCACGAGCCUUGCAGGGCCCUAUUGUGGAUGUGGAGGAACUCCUGGGCGUGCUCGUGCUGCUCGCAAAGUUGCUUAUCUCCUGCGAGAGAGAUACCAGGAGGAUCCAGACAGGAGCUGAGUCAGAGGAGCGAUAGCCCCCAGUUGACUUUGUGCCAGUUCACUUUGGGCUCCGGCGCGAGAGGGUUAUGUUAUGUGUGUGGGCACCUGUAGGAUUCCAGCCUUCCCGUGGCUGAAUUGGAAAGAACUGGAUGUGUUUUGAUUCCUUUUGGUUCAGGCUGUUGUGGUUUCUUUAGGAAGGAGCCCUUGCAGGUCCUGGUUGUGUCUGGACAUCCCUGACUUGCAGAAACCGCUGCGAAGGGGUUCAGUGCUUGGACUUGUUCACCUCUGCUGCAGCUGUGGGUUGUCUUAGGAACAUUGGAGGUUUGCUCACAGGGAAACACCAACGUUUUGAUCUUGUGGAAACCUGCAGCAGAUUCCUUUUGGGCAGAUGUUGACAGUGGUUUGAUUGUAAGAGACCCAUCAGCGUGGACGAGCCCACCCUGUGCAAACCCCUUACGCAGGGGGGUGUUGAGGUUAUUGCGCAGCAUAACCUCAGCCCUACUGUCGAGAGCAAAGAGAACCGUUUCCAUUAAUGUGUCACAUAAUAUUUGUGGUCCCUCUCAAAUCCUUUCAGGAGUUAGACACAAUUUAUGUCUCUUAAUGGCAUGGGGCUCACAGGGAAACUCUGACAGUUCAGAUUAAAGCGUAUCGACGCCGUGCCCAGAUGAAUUGCCCAAGCUUUGUGUGCUUGCUCAGGAGGAGAUGGUGGGGGUUACUAGUUAACUCCGAGUUACUCAUUAGGAAAUCAAGAUGUGAUGAGUAAGUGGUUUUGAUAACAUUAUCAUAACCCUUCCUGCUUGCUGGAGGUGAGUUGUCCAGAGCUCUUGUUUCCUCUUAAGGCAGAACUAACGCUGACAGAGAUCUUGGUGAAGACCUGAGCAGAGAGUAACUGUUUGAAACAGGCUUGUCUCCGUUUGUGGAAGCAUCUGCUGUGGCCUAAACCAAUCAGGAACAGAAAAUCCAAUCAGGAUUCUAAUUCCAUGACAUCGGGCAACUUCUCUGUUCAGAACAAGUUCUUCCAAGCUGGUCAGGAAGGAGAAAAUCCACUUGGCCCAGCGUCUGCUGGGGAAAAAAGAGUUUCUUUUGAGGCAAGCUCCCAGUACAAGGUGUAGAGUUCAAACACUUCUGUGGAGGUCUCUUAGUACUCGGUUGUCAAGUUAAGUAAGGAUUGGGCCUUAGAAGUGGGGUUUCUUUCAGGCUCUAUAUACCAGGAAAGCUCAGACCAUUUUUCACCUUUCAGGUUGGUCAAACCUGUCGGGAUGACUUCACCACUGUGGAUUUUUUACUUCUCUUGCAGGGUUUGGUCCCUUUGGAGAGCACGCUGUUAACGCCAGUUGGAUUGCAGUUCAGGGGCUUGGGGGUGUUUGGAGCCCAUCAAACUAGAGUUGGAGCCUGUGCUUUGUGCUGCGUUGGAGCCCGUCUCUCUGCCGAGUCCUGAAUCACUCGAGCUCCUCACUAAAACCCGGCCCUGAGGCAGCAGCGGGGAGGAUUUGCCUUCCCUCACCCUGCCCAGCCCCGAGAGGCCCAGACAAAAAGGAACAGCAUGGCUUUGAGCACGGGCGAGUUGGGCAUUGUGCAGGUUUCAGACGGGGGACUUCAUGGAGCUGAGGGGACACAAAGGCGUGUCUGCGCGCCUCAGCCCCAGACGCUGUGAUCUGCAUCUUAAUAGAAGAAAAAUCAAUUAAACAAUCUUGCUAAAUCCUCCCUCGCUUUAGGGCUGAGCCACUUCUGCUUUAUUACAGCUUUUAUUAUCCCCGCAUCCCGAGGAAUCCAAUUCCCUGCUUUUCUUUCCGCUCCUCUUGGGUUUUAUUUGGCUUCUCGCGCAGAGCACGGGCGCGGGGUGUCUGUUCCCUCCGACUGCAGCGGGCUUCUAGGAGAGCUGUUUGCUUUUGAAAGCAAAAAGAGUUUCACACAUGGGUACCUUCAGCAGCAGCAGUUGCAAUCUAAUAAUGGGAAGAUGUUUGGAGAUUUGUACGCCUAAGGGAGAGAUUCCCUAUGAAUUCGGAGGGAAUAACAACAGCUUUCUGCUUUAUUUUGUUAAGGCUUUCAGGGAAAAACAUUCCCCAUUAGUGUGGAUUUUCUGUUCUGUGUUUCCCCGUUUCAUUUGGAGGAAUUUUCUCCAGUUUUUGCUUGGGAAGGACCUUCCUUUCAAGAAGUAGUUACUGAAACGAGCUUUUCUAUUCAUUUUCUGGCCUCCUUGGUGUAACUUAGGUGUAGACACAGGUGGACUGUGAAGCGAAUGGGCUCUUGCCUUCAUCCCCCCCCAAAGUGCUUCUGGCUGAGGAGGAGGAGGAGGAGGAGAGAGGUCAGGGUGCGCUGUGACAUUACUAAGGACAAUUGCUGUCAGGGUGUCUAGACAGACCUGAUAAGGAUAUUAAAGGCUCACAAAGGCGACCAUUGUGGAGGGGUCAGGGAACCGGGCAGACGCGUUCGGGUUUCUGUGUCUGUCAGGUAUACAAGGGAAUAAGUUGUCUGGGGGCCAGCGUACAUCUUUAUUAUGGAGUGGAAGCACCCAGCGCUGUGCUUGGUUAAAGGGAAGUUGUGGGUUUGUAAAGCGGAGAAGGUUUGGAGCUGUCACUGAGGGGCUGCAGCUCAAACAGCCCGAGGUGUCUCCUCCUGCGCUGCCAGGAAGAGUGUCCACGAUGAAGCUCAUCUUGAGGAGCUGUUUGAUGCUCUUUAGGGAAGUGAUGAUGAAUUCCUCCCUAUUAACGCUCUGGAGAUCUUCCUAAAGAGACUGACUUGUAUUUGAAUACUCUCAUUUGUAAACUACUUACUUUAUUAACGCGCCACAUAAACCAGCUGACGUUUUGAAGGCAGAUUUGUGCAAAGGAGAUGUGAUGAAACAUCACUUAGCAUCCAUCUCUGGUAAUGGAUGUCUGUGUGUGCCAGACACUAAUCAAUACAGCAAGCCUUUAAUAUCAGCCUUGCCCUCGGAGCCAGAGCAAGUGAUUUAUCAUUGUUGUUGCUCAUAUCUGCUGGUCCAUGGAAGUCUUACUCUUGCCUUUGCUGCGUGUUUUAAGUGUCUUAAAUCUUGUUACACUGGCUGUGGCCCUUACAAGUGGGAAAGGUUUUCUUUGCUCAGUAAAGAAACCACUCGUGCUGACAACUACAGACAGAAAGGAUAUAAAGAUACUGCUCAUGUUUAGAUAGGGGAGGUAGGAUGGUAACGGGGAGGUCCAAAAACCUCAGCUUGUCCUCUCCUUUCAACUGUCUCUAAUUUAAUUGUAAACGUAGGGAAACACAAGAUUUGGAGGGGAGAAAGCUUCAGUGGAUUCAGCUGGUGUGCACUCUUUAGCCUGAAGUUUGCAGGUAUCAUCUCUGUGCGCAGGAAGAGAAAGCCUAAGAAUUGCAUGAAAGAGCUGCUCUUGGCUCCGAUCACCGAAUCCGAACCUGAAAUAACUUGAUCAGUCAAGAAUCUAUUGAAGGGGCCUUUGAUAGUUUGCUGGCUUCUGUGCUCGAGAUCUGUCAGAACAACCCCAGGGCGGGGGAAUAGCAGGUGAUGUUGUUGCUGUGCCUGCAGCCCCUUCGGUGGAAGCACAGGGAAUCGCUCCGUGCUCCCGGCGUGAGGAAGCUGCUGUUUUCAGUUGAUGUGUUCAGGAGGAGAAGAGCAGCACCAGACACGGAGCUUCUGCUGUGUGUGAACUUGGAGCCUGGCACACGGCUCCUCAGGUUGAUGGGUUGGUUUAAGAACAUGUGUUUUUCCAGAGGCUGUGUCCUUCCCUUGAGUCCUCAGAAGUUUGGGUUUGAUGGCUCCAAAAGGUUUACUUCUGGUGAAGUCCUGUUGUGGGCUUGACUGGUAACGUCUGAAGUAUCAAAGGAGCAAGUCCCAUACUCUUACUGGUGAGACUGGAGUGUGUUGAACCGGAGGCCAAAGAAGAGCAAGGGAGAAGUAUCCAGGCCCAUGAGGGAACUCGGUGUUGGGAUCAAACAGUCAGGAGUUGGAGAAGCUAGGACUGCGAGAUGAUGUGGAUCUGCACGUCUACGAAGUCCCAGUUGAAUACCAGACAGUGCAAAGACUCAUUCCUGCAUUAUGGAAAAAGCACAGUCCACAACUGGUGGUUCACGUGGGUGUUUCGGGUAUGGCUACGACUGUGACUCUGGAGAAGUGCGGCCACAACGUGGGUUAUAAAGGCUUGGACAACUGCCGCUUCUGCCCAGGCUCUCAGUGCUGCGUGGAAGGAGGCCCCGAGUGCAUCGAUUCCAUUAUUGACAUGGACACAGUUUGCAAGAGAGUCUCAGCACUGGGGCUGGACGUCACGGUCACUAUAUCGAAGGAUGCCGGCAGGUACCUCUGUGACUUCACUUACUACACGUCCUUAUACCAGAGUCGCGGGAGGUCGGCUUUUGUUCACGUGCCUCCGCUGGGCAAGCCCUAUACUGCAGAACAGCUGGGUCGGGCACUACAGGCUAUAAUAGAAGAAAUGCUGGAGGUUUUGGAGCAUUCUGAAGACAAAAUCAAUUGUCAGCAUGAACACUGAAAGUGGGCAGAAGUUAUCCUAGUAUUGCACUUCCAAAAUCUUCCCUGCUACUGAAGUACUGGGGGACCGGUCUGAAGCGUACAGACCCCAGAAUUGGAGACUUCAAAAAGGAAAAUUCCACUCCUAGAAACGGACCUUUUCUUGCUUUUUCUUUGUCAAAUGUGUGCAUUUCAGCCUAGGCAACAAAGGAGUCAGAAUCUCUUCUUGAUAACACCUGCAACUACUCAUUUCUGAAGCGACUGAAGUGUGUGUGCUGUGCUUCAUGCAGAGCUUCUGGCAGCCGAGUGGCAGCUCCUGACCAGUGUAAUCCAGUGCAGAUGGAAGGUUUCUCAUCUGGACUUGGUGUUCAGGUGCAGGGAAUUGAUAACCCAGACUUCUAACGACUAGUUUUUAAGUUGAAAGGUUUGCUUUCGUUUUGGUUUGGGGUUUUUUUUCCCCUCCCCCUCUUUGGCCCAAAUGAUAGGUUAUGAUAUAAAGAGCUGGAAUGGUGUGGGAUUGUCUGUUGGACAACAGCGCUUGGUGGAGAUGAGGAAUCUUGGAAAUUGCUGAGAUGGAAAAAUACUUGAGGCACUGACUUCUUACCCCACAUUGUCCAAAUAUUCACAGGGUCCUCUGUAAUGUACUGGUUAACUGGUAGCUGCAGAUAGAAGGGACGUGCUUUGGGUUCCUUCUGUUGCGGAGCAGGAGUUGGCUUUGUCUUUGUUUCUUGGACACAAGGAUGAGCCUAACUCGGCCAAAUACUUCCAAAUGUCUUUUUUUAUUCCCUUCUCAAUGCCACCUUCCUCACUCAAGUCAACAUAUACCUCCUGUACAAAACACCUUGUGUCAUACGUGUAUAAAACAAACCACUCGCGGUGAAAUAGCUUUGCUAAAGGCCACUUUCUCCACAGGAGACCUUCACCCUACACUUGGUGCUAGCUGCUCUUUUGAAGGCAAAGGUUGAGUAAUUGAUAACUUCCUUAGUUACACAUUUUCCUCCUUUUGAAAGGUUAGAAGAGUAAUGUUUAACUUCAAUUCAAAGUUGUCACCUUGAUUGAUUGGAGGCAUGAAUACGCAAACGUGCAGAUUUGAAGACAUUCUGCCAAAGCCCAUCUCAAAGCUUAAACCUGCUGUCUGUAAACCAGAGGCAGUUGGUUGAAAGUGAGGAAUUCUGCUUCGAAUGAGUUUUCCAGGCUGGUUCUUAGUGUUUCCCUCCCAAUGGGAGGGUACAAAUUGCUGCUUCUUGCAUGAACUUUCCCCAGGAAUUCGCUGGGGGAAGCGUACAUGCAGGCUCUAAGCAGGACUGGUGGAUGCAGGUUUGCUGCCAGAUUACAAGGCUCCAGUGAAGGAGGGAUGAUGGUACAGUGGGAACAGACAUUAAGUUGGUGAUUGAUGGCCAAUAGGUCCCACUGAGGGGCCAUUUAAAUGAAGAGGUCUGAUUUGAUCCUAAUACUUUUACAAAUAUAUAUAUAUACAUAUAUAUAUACACACACACCCCAAUAUUUUGAAUGCCAGUAUCUUAAUUUUCUAAUUAGGAAUGAUCCUGCUCUAGUAUCUCUCAGUGAGAGCUGCCAUUAACUUGCUGUUUUCCAGGAGAAGUCUAGCAACAAAGGGAAUAAAUACCACUUCUUGCCACCCUGGAGAGAGGACCAAGGCUUCUGCAGUUGCAAUAACUUUGCUGUUGUGAAGAGGUUGGGAUAAAGGUCUGGGUUUUUCCAAGGAAAUUCCCACUGUAUUUACUGUACAGGCUUUUCUGAGCAAAAGAGUUUGCCUUCAAAGUCAAGGUUCUCUUUUGUAUUCAGAUCUGAGGUAGCACUUGGGGGGGUGUCGGCAGGCAGGCUUUCUGGUUAGUAAUUUAUUCUAUUUAAUGCUUUGUUGAAAUAUUGGUGGUUUUAACCUGGGGUUUGCCAAUAGUUGGGCUACUUUUCUCUUGUAGGUUUGUCCCUUUCUCUGGUAGGAAGCUUCGGCAUCGGUGUGUCUUAGCUGCUGAGUGGUUGAAAGAGGAGGAAUUCAGGUGUUCUGCUGAGUUCAGCAGCUGGUGUAAGGGAUUUUGAGGAAUGCUAUUUAAUUUACCUGUAAUAUAGCUAGGAAUGAAAUGGGAGUGGAAAAGAACAGUUGAGUGAGGUGAGAACAGAAAAACUAUGGAAUUGAAGCGGCCACAGGAAGGGCUCAUUCCCAUGGGAAGGUCUGUCGUCCAGGCAGCCCUCACCUGGAGCACAAGGGGUUGGAGCAGGUCACUCCGCUGGUGAUAAAAGUCUCGAGGUGAGAUGUGCCUUGUCUGUCCGUGUCUUUUAAACGUUUGUGCUUCCUCGGAGCCUUGGAGAUUCCCAUCUGGAUGUGGCUGAGGAGGAGGAGUGGCUCCAGAUUCAUCCAUGGGGAAGGUAGAUAGCAGCGGCUGCGUGGGGAGAGCGCCUUUCCACACUGAUGUGGAGCUGUGGAGCUGGGUCCUGUCCAGCACCUAUAGACAUUCCUUGUUGGGUGCUCUCUGCUGCUCAAGGCUAAAUCCUGAGCCAGUGUCCAUGGCUGCUGUUUGUCUGAGGAUUGCAGCGCUUGACCCACGUGUUGGUGUUGAAACCAUCUCCUUUUUGGCCGUACUUUGCUCGGAGCAUCCCUUGGAGCUGUGUCGUCUCCUCAGGAGCUGUUUUGGUGACACUUCCAUGGGAGCAGUUGCAUAGGAAAGAAUAAUUUAUUUUAUAAUCUUUUGGGCUUGUUUUUUCUGAGCAUUAGUCCUCAGAGAUUGCAUUUGUAAAGGGUGUCUCGGUGGUAGAGCAAUCGUGUGGGGAAACUCUUACAAAUGGCAUGAAACUGAUUUUAUUUAACCUGACCUAAAUUAAAUACUUUUGGGGUGGGUUUUUCUCUCUUUUGUUGCCUUUUUAUUAUGUUAAAUCCAUGGAUUCACAAUGCCUUCCCUAGGGGUGCAUGUUUGCUUUGGAACUUUGACAUCAAACUGCUGCAGAGCUUCCAAAAGCUGAUGUUUUUGGUAAUUCUUCCUUAUCUGCUGCUUCUUCCAGGUCAUCCAUACGUAGACUUUGCACAUUUGCACUGACGGGGAGACCUGUUGCCAAGCACAGAACACACUGUGCUGGGGAGGAGGUGUAGGGAGCUCAGGUUUGCUGUUCUUUGUGGUGCCUGCAACUUGCAAACGCUCAAAGCUGGUAAAGCUUCAGAAUCCUGCGAGUGCAAAGUUGUCUCUGGGGUAACAGAGAAACGGGGCUGAGAAGAUUUGUGUGGAAGAGAGAAUUUGGGAGGUUCCGCUGUAUCAGGUCUGUUGUCAUUUGAUCUGCUUGCCAACAGCUUGGGGUAGGAGCUGGCUGAUGUGUGGAUGGAGUUUGGUGAUGCCAAUGUGAUCGUUGCAGUUAUUAAAUGCUGUGGAGGGUUUUGAGGAACUCCAGAUACUCGUAAGCUCCGUCGUCAUUUGGUGACUCUGAUGGUCGGAAGGGAUUUCCUUUGGAUAAUCUACCUUAUAUAAAGCACAGCAAAGAGAAGCGGUGAGCUUGGAAAUGUCUUUACCUUCAAGACUUAUGGAGGACUGGAUCCAUAUGGAUCCCUUCCAACUUGAGAUAUUCUAUGGGACUGUUGAAGGUAAAUCCACGUUUUACAGAAGCUGUUUGGUUUGGGGCUUUGGGGUAGCUUUUGGAAAGGAUAUCAAAGUAUAGAGCAGUACAUAUGUAUCUGGAGCAUUCCCCAACCUGAUUUGCUCCCUCCUAAAUGGAAAUAGUGAGAAAGGAUGAAAAGGUCAUGAAGAUGGUUUGAGGUGUUGAGUGUGGUUGUGACGUGAGACUGCAGCCAAGAACUGCUGAGCCCUUCCAGGAGGGGCCUGACUGAGGGUGUUCCAACGUUUAAGACCAUGAACACGAGCAGGUUGCUCUGCUUUCACCCCCGAGAGGAGGGGAACUCAAAGGCAUCUGGAGGCAAUUGGAGGUGAACGCUUCCUGGCUGACUCCUGGCAGAAGCUGAGGUGGUGUUUGCAUGCAGGGUCAUUGUAAAGCACCUCCUGAUGCUGCCUCCGGCAGAAAACCAGCCUCACUGAACCAGGGCUCUGCUCUAAUGUGUCCCCUUGAUCUCCGCAGGGUUUGUACCGCGUGUGCUGUGCUAAGUCAGGUAGGAAGCUCUGAGUAUUUACCUUCCUAGGCUGUCACACUUGGAUGUAGCAUUCAAACCCCGCCGUGUCUCUCGCUGUUGUGCUGGUUGUGCAGGCAAUACUUAACCUUUGAGCGCCUCCGUCACCUGGCAAAGGGGAUUAUUCCAGGCUACUGUCAUGCAGUUCCAUGCCUGGAAUAAAAGCCCGGGAGCUUCCAGGCCUGCAGACUCGCAAAUGGGCAGCCCAGACUCUCAGUGGUGUUCUUUUUGUGAAGAAAAAGACUAAAGAAGUUAUAAUCCACUGAAGUUUCUUCUAAUACUCAAAUAAUCUUCAUUUGAUGGAGCGUGGGAUGCACUGGCCUCACGUGUGGGCUUUCCUAUGAAGUGUAUAAAAGGAACUUCAUGUGGUUGGAGGAGCUUCUUAAAACCAGGAAAACCAUGAAAAGGAGCUGAUUUGGUCAUUCCCCACAAGAGCCAGCGCUAGGCUGAAGCAGCAUUUAUGCUCAGUGUUAUUUCAUGGUUUAACCUGGGACUUGUGCAUCUCUUUUAACUUCUCGUGUGUUUCUAACUCUAACCACCCAUCAGAUGCUGAGGCACGGAGCUGCUGGAAGAGCGAGUGGUGGUGUUUGCCAGCUGAAACCAGUGUGUUUCCACACAGGAAUGACACUCGUGGUGUUUGGGGGUUUUAAUUGUGGCUUUCAGGUUUCUUUCAAACUUUGUCUGUUGGCUUGGAUAAAAUAGCCCUAGUCUAUAAGUAGACAUCCUGACGUAGGAUUGGUUAGUUUUGCACCAGAAACCCUCAUGUUUUGCAGUAUAAAGUGCACUUUUUCUUCAGCAACGCCUUGUAUUCCUGUCUGAUCAGUGUCUUACGUGCUGAAAGUGAUGUUCUGCCAAACCUCCAAAGCUGAGGAUCUUGUUCCUUCUUCAUCAUAGUCAUUGGAACCUGUGAUCUGCUUCUGCUCAGUCUCUUUGAAGACAAAGUAGAGAAGAAAAUGCCUCCCAUAGAUAGGAAUUAAAUUUAGGAAAUGAACCUAUACGCUGCCCUUAAAUAAAACUCUGUGCUGCGUCAGUGCACGGUCAGGUUUUCUAUUGCACCAGCUUCUUAAAUCACAAAUGUUUACUUUGAUGAAACAGGGAGUGCCUUGUCCUGUGCUGGGCUUGCUUUUGGCGAGCAGAGUGGUGGUGAUGGGGCCAGAUCCACCCAAGGUGGAUGGAAAGACUGGGAGAAACUGGUUUCCCCUUUAUCCAGGGAUGCUCUUCAGCAACUGCGCUGAAUUGGGGUUUCCCGACACCCUCUCAGACCCGAAAGAGGAGCAAACAAACUCUUUGCUGCUUGGUUCUCACUCUGGCUUAGGUUGGCCAAAUCUGUGCAGGUUGUUCUGGCUCUUCUUUAAGGUUAGGUGUUCCUCUCGGGCUCGGAUAUGCAUGUUACAGCAUCACACAGCCGCUGGGGCCCUCUGUUCAUCCAUCCCAGUUGUCUGUCUGGUAUCUCAGGUGUGGCUGAUCUCACUCUUGCUCAUCAGGGCUCUUGGGGCUACCAUUUGAAACCUGGUGGGGCUUCUGUUUUUCUCAGUGUGUUCUUGCAGUGCCUUGUAAAACCCAAACAAUCCCCUGUGGCAAAGGGCUGUGUACUAAAAGAACCGUUCACAUACUUUCAGCUUGUGAUGGCCAGACUGGACUUUGUAACUGAAGAUUGAAACUCGUGGUUCAAAGUAAAUAAAGAGAGUUCAACUCUGA